AUGACUAAGCUGCUGCCUGACAUUAUUUCCCUUAACCAGACUGCUUUUGUAAGAGGAAGAACUAUAAUUGAUAAUACUCUCCUAGCUCAAGAACUUGUAAAGGGCUAUGGAAGGAAGAACAUUUCACCAAGGUGUGCUCUUAAAGUUGACCUUCAAAAAGCCUUUGAUUGUCUUCACUGGGACUUUAUUUCAGCUAUUCUAAUUGCUAUUGGUCUGCCAAACAUUUUCACCAACUGGAUUGAAGCUUGCUACAAGGAAGCUAGAUAUUCUAUUUCCUUAAAUGGUAGCUUGAUAGGAUACUUCAAAGGCCAAAGGGGGGUAAGGCAAGGAGACCCUCUUUCUCCUAUUUUAUUUGUUCUUGCCAUGAAUAUCCUCUCAGAGAUCCUGAACAUUGCUGCUGCCAGAUGA